AUGAAUAAAUGCGAAAAUUAUUCGUCAUAUUCACCUUCCUCGACACGUCCUUUUAUAUUCUAUCAAUCCUCUUCAAUAUCAGCAUCCGCUCAAUCCAAUAAUUCAAUUCAACCGUAUAAACAGUCUCUUACAUUUUCUCAACAAAGAUUUAUUAACCCAUCCAUUUCAACUUUACAAAAUUGUUUAUUCACUAUAGUUCCUAUUGAAAUUUUUAUAAUAAUAUGUUCACAUUUAACUCCAUGGGAUUUAUUAUCUCUCUUGAAAACUUGUCGCAAAUUUCACAAUUAUUUAUGUUCUUCCAUUUCUUCAACUACUCAUUUAAUUUGGAGAUCAUCUCGACUAAAUACAAUAUUCUUUCCUAAAAUUCCUCCUCCAGAAGGUCUCAAUGAACGUGAAUAUUGUUGUAUAUUAAUGAUUGAAAAAGGUUGUCAAUUUUGUGGUCGAAAUGGUUGUAGGGAUGUACGAAUCUAUUGGACAUUUAGGGUUAGAUCAUGUUGGGAUUGUUUAAUGAAGCGAACUGUUUGUGUUGAAAGGGGUAAUGAAAUUCCUGAAUAUGCAAGUGGUUUACCAUUUACUAAAUUCAGAUUAAAUGGUAUGUAUGGUUCUGAAUACAUAGUUUUCUGGGCUGAUUCCGUAACUCGCGCAAAAUACGAUUUCGAUAAUCUUUCGGAAACUGAUCGUACGGAAUGGAUACGAAUUUCAAAACAACGUUCUAAAGAAAUUGAGAUUGAUUCUAUGUAUCGUGAAAAACUUGAUCAAGAAUUAUAUGAUUUAGCAAUGUAUCAUAAAAAAUGUCAAAUUCUUUUAUAUUAUGAACUUUUAGCUUCUGAAUCAAGUCCAAAUGGAAAAAUACUCUAUAAUCGUUAUUUUUUAGAUAUGUGCCCUUCUUUAAAUGAAGUAAUGUUAUUACCAAAUCAUUUAUUUGCUCGGUUAGAUUAUGAUAGUUGGAAAAUUAAAAUGUUGGAAGAGUAUCGAAAUAUUGAAUUGGAACGAAGAAUAAUUCCAAAACGUUAUAAUCAAAUUAAAGAAAGAUUGGUUUAUUCCCCGCUGUAUAAACGUCCUGCUAUCUAUUGGAUACAAUAUUGUCCUACUUAUAAAUCUCCUCCGUAUCAUAAUAAUGACGCAAGAAUUCCAUGGAAUGACAAGUUUUUAGAUAGUGUACUUAUACCGAGAAUUAUGACUGAGGCUACAUUAUGUGCGAAACAAGCUGAUGACGCCGUUCUUGUGCUAAAGUUUAUCGAAGAUCUUUUAUGUAUGAGGAUUAGAACGGUAAGAGAUGCGUUAGUGCAUGGACUUGGUAAUGUUGAAAUGUUUAGAUGUAAUUUAUGUGGCAAUGUGAGGUCUAACGAUAUUAGUGCCAAUGUGAGAUUUAAUGACAAUAAUGGCGAUUGUGACAAUUUGAGGUUUAAUAAUAGUGACAAUUUGAGGUUUAAUAACAAUAAUGACAAUUUGAGGUUUAAUAACAAUAGUGGCAAUUGGAGGUUUACUGGCAAUAAUGACAAUAGUUUAGAUUAUGUAGACAAUUCGACAAUGUUAUAUAAUUAUGUUAAUGUCAAACAGCAUAUUUACUUAAAACAUUGGAAUUGGUACCAAAAUUUUUAUGAAAGAUGUGAGGAUAUCUGCAUAGAAAUAGAUAUGAAAAUGCGAAUAGAAGGAUGA